GAUGCGCCUUUGUCUGCGCGUAUGUUAUAAUCAUUUCUAGAUAACUUCGUCCUCGUCUUCGGAUCUCCCACUUCUUUACUUCCGUUUCUCGUCGAUAAAUCAUCAGACCAAACUCUGUUCAGACAAAAACGGGUGACAAGAUCAAUCGCCUGACAAGAUCUUGAUAAUGUCGGGAAGGACAGAUGAAGAAUCUGCGCAAGGGGUGGAUCAAGAAUCAGAGAGAUGCUUGCCGUCCAAGCUACUGUCGUCGAAGGAGAUCUCGAGGGCUAAUUCUUCGUCGAGGGUUUAUUUCUACGGCGGAGCCACCGUGCCGUUUGUGUGGGAGACAUGUCCAGAUUCAGUAGCUUUUAGCAUUACAAAAUAUGGUUUGAUCGGGACCGAGGACGAAGAUAUCACUAAGGCUUUCUCAAUUGCAUGGAAAGCUGCAUGUUCAUCACCUAGUCUAAGCCAAUUGGUUAUACCAAAUGGGUCGUACAUAUUGAGACAAGUUCGGUUCGAAGGUCCAUGCAAAGCUCCAUUGGAGUUACAGGUUCAUGGAAUCAUCAAAGCACCUGAAGAUCCAUCGGAUUUCAUAGAAAAAGCUGGCUGGAUCACUUUCCAACGCAUUGACCAUUUCACUUUGGUUGGAAAUGGAACCUUUGAUGGUCAAGGUUCCACUGCUUGGUCUCAUAAUGAUUGCCACAAGACUGGAGAAUGCAAUAAGCUUCCUAUUAACAUAAGGUUCAACUUCAUCACCAACGGAUUGGUACAAGACAUAACAUCUCUGAACAGCAAACUCUUCCACAUCAAUGUUCUUGGAUGCACCAACUUAACAUUCGAUAGAGUAAAAAUAAAAGCCCCGGAAGAUAGCCCUAACACCGACGGAAUCCAUAUUGGACGGUCCAAAAACAUAAACAUUAUAGACUCGGAAAUGUCCACAGGCGAUGAUUGCAUCUCUAUGGGACGUGGAAGCGAGAAUAUCACAAUAGAACGAGUAAAAUGCGGGCCUGGUCAUGGGAUUAGUGUUGGAAGCCUCGGGAGAUACACGAAAGAAGAGCCUGUUUCCGGUAUCAUUGUCAGAAAUUGUACCUUCUUCAACACGGAUAACGGCGUGAGAGUUAAAACAUGGCUGAGUUCCGAAAAAGCAAUAGCCACUGGUUUACAUUUCCAUGACAUUACAGUGGUUAACGUGAGCAAUCCUAUUGUGAUUGAUCAAGAAUAUUGCCCUUACGACCACUGUAAAGCCAAGAAACCUUCGCAAGUGAAGUUAAGCAAUAUCAGCUUCAAAAACAUACAUGGGACGUCAUCGACAAAAAUGGCGAUGAAACUGGCUUGUAGCAGUGGAGUUCCAUGCGAAAACGUCGAGAUUUCGAACAUUGAUAUUAAGUACAUUGGAUCUGAUGGAGUUUCGAUGUCGGAUUGUACAAAUGUCAGUCCCAAGACCUUUGGAAAACAGUACCCCUCUGCUUGUGUUGCCGCCACCAAUUCCUCUGCUUGAUCUUUACUUUUUUGUUUACAUCAAACAUAUGCUUACAUAUGUAUAUUAUGUUGUUAUUAUCAUAUAACAGUUUCUGAU